GCAUGGCGCCUGUAGCAGUGAUACGGCUGAAGUUUGUCCCAGCUCGCUUUCCAUCCCUCAGGCAGCUAGGCUUCACUCAGUGCCUCAAACAGGGAAGAAUCUCCAUCAACACCAGAGGAGUUGUGACUCACUUUGAAGUCUCUGUGUCGCAUUUACACUUAUGAUUAAACUCAAAAACACUGGAAUGUGGAGUUAGACUGUUCAGCUGGUGUAGCUUAUUCAACAACUAUAAGUUCCGAUAUUCAACAAUUAGGACUGCUCUCUCAGCAGCUCGACGCUUUAUACACAAAAGUUGCUCCAGUUUGUCCCUGUGGAGCACUUUGCAGUGAGUACCCUUCUCCUUCGGACAUCUAGGCUUCGAGCAGGCCGUGACUCUGUGGCCAUGAGGAAUCAUGGCGGAGCUGGAGGUGGAUCAGUCUAACCUGCCGCGGGUUCAGGAGGUGUCCCAGUAUUUCUCAGUUCUGGAGGAUGGAGCGCUGGCACAUAACUUACAGGAGCAGGAAAUUGAACAGUAUUACAGUUCCAAUGUACAGAGAAACCAGCUUGUUCAGAAAGACAUCCGAGUAGCCAAGAGGCUGCAAGAUGAGGAGCAACAAAGAGCACAGGUUCUUCAUGAUCAAGCCACUCGUCAGCUGGAAGAGCAGGACUCCGAGUACGCCCGCAGGAUUCAAGAGGAGAUCCAGCGCGCCGCUGAAGAAGAGAGGAGGAGGCAAGAAGAAGAUGAGGAAAUAGCAAAACGAAUCCAGGAAGAGGAAGAGCUGUACGUCAGACAGAGAUACAGUUGCCGAAGGACAGAUGGUGGAGGGCAGAGGGUGAACAGACCCUCUCUGGAUUUGGGUGUACUCAGGCAGGUCCUGCAGGAUGAAGAACUCGCCCACAGGCUACAGGCAGAGGAAGAAGAGUUGCUCAGAGGGGAUCUUGCAUCUGCCUCAUCUUUAGAGAGGCCUUACCCAAAAGGAGACUUCACAGUAGCGCAGGUUGCUCAGGAUGAGGAGAUUGCACGCUUCAUGCAGAAGCAAGAGAUAAAGACUCAGCUGCGGUCUCAAGAGCUGGACGACUAUGGCUCUGAGCGAGGGUACAGAGAAAUGAGCCAUGUGUAUGACAACAGCGAGGUCUGUGAUGGAGAGACGCCGAGGGAGAGACUGAACUCGGAAGGGCUUUUGUCUCCUGUUGAUGACUGCUCUCCUGAACACCAACCCUCAAGUCCAGUCAGUUUGGCAGCGCAGCAGCAUCCCUUGAGGAAUAUUGCUGAAGAAUUGGAUCCAACUUUUCAAAGGGAAGAGAAAGUGCAAGCAGGACAGAGUAUUUCUGGCACUUGCCCCAUCCAAGCUACACCACAGGCAGGUUCAUGCGAGGAGCCUGCAUUCGUGGCACCCACUAAGCGGCAAAAUGACAAACCAGGACGCACAAAGUCCAAAGAGAAAAAGGAAAACUCUAAAUCAAAAGAAAACUGUAAGCAGCAGUGAUGUCAGUGACAUUGUGCUGUUAGUUGUGUUAUUACUGAACACAUUAACACGGACAGUUGUACACUGCAGCAACAGAAAACGUCAGGGGUAUAUCACAGUGAUUUAAUGGAUUUUUUAACCCCAAACUUUGCUUUCCUUGGAAGGUUUGGGGUCGGUUUAUUCUUAACAUAAUGCUGCCAUUAUGGUGGCAUGCAGGCCCCAGUGACUCAUAUGGGACAUAAAAAUAUUUAUAUUUUGCCUCUGGGGAAUUGGUAAUAACUCGGUCUGCUUUUGUGUCAGACAUGUUUUCAUUUUUAGCACAUUGUUCAGCUUGAUGAGGGACUGAGAUGAGCCCUAGGGUUUUCUGUGAAAUCAUGUCUGUUUUUCAGUUAAAACUAACUAUUUUUCUGAAUUCACAUUACACGUAUUCUUAGUGCAACUGAAAUAGCUUGUUUUUUUUUUUUAUCCGACCCUGUUAUUAACACUGUUACCCAGUGUUAUCAGUUCCCCCAUGCUUCAUGUGUGUCUUUAUCUACACUGUAAAUGCAGCUUUGUUUUUCAAAAUGUAAAAUAUGCAGCUUAUUGUACCUUUUUUGUUUUCCUCUUCUGUUUACAGAACUGCUAUUUGUAGUAUAUACACUAAUGUUUGACAAGGUUGCCCUUUCAUUGUGCUCCUGUCACAAAAUCCAAUCUAAAACCAUCUUCAAAAACAGUUUCAGUUUAGAAAUGAUGGGAGUACUGUUUUUCAGUAAUGUUACUGUCUGGAGCUGUUUGGUGAAUCAUGGACCUCUACAUUAAGUUAUUGAGUCUGAUAUAUUAAAACUGUAAAGAAUUGG